AUGCGGUGCUUCACGACCAACUGGGACAAGCGUGGGUUCCUGCCCGACGAAGCCCGGCAUGAGGAACACUUGGUGGCGAUUGAGCGGAGGAUGUGGUUUGUUGAGGUCGGUUCUGAUCUUCGUAAGAACAGUGCUUCUUUGACCAGUUCCUCUUCGGCGGUGCUGCCACUGCCAGCUUCCGAUGAGAUGUUGCAGGUCCUCGCGGAGGAGUUGAAUGACUUGAAGCAACGACGGGCCGCGAUGCGCGCGGCCAACCGUGCAUUGGCAAAGCAGGAGAAGAAUAUGAAAAAACGACGUGCCCGCCUGAUGCAGGCUGCCCGGCAACUCAGCCGUGACGACCUGUUACUCCUGGUGCACCAAGCGGGAGCAGGAGGCCAGGUGCCCGAUGGACGGCCCAGCAUUCACUCAUGGGGCAUUUGCGUCCGGAGGUGGUGGAGCUGCAGUGGUCGCAGCUGGUGGUGGAGAUGGCGCGGAAAGUCUUCUGUGUGA